GCACUCAGUCUUGGACCGUACCUCGCGCUGGGCACUCCCUGGGCACCGUUCUCUCUGCAGCAUUUCAUUGGCCACCGACGCAUCUUCCUUGUCUGGCUACUCAGCCAUUUUCUGUUGGACGCGAGUGCUGCCGGGAAUGGCGUGAGGGACAUUGGUGGAGACAGAUUUCGAGUCUCCCCUUGAGGAACUUGUGGCCUAGCGCAAAUUCAAGACGCAAACAAUGGUGGAGAAGAGUGAACUAAACGGUAGUGGUGGUGCGGAUGUUGGUAUUGCGGAAAGAGGAGGAGGAGGAGGUGAUGAAGGAAGUGGAGGACAGAGUACCUACCCUCUAUACGGUUCAAGUGAGGCAGACUCCAAGAGACCAUUGACGUCCCCUUCUGGUGACUCCUCCGCUCCGUUAGACCAGGAGGACCCAAACAGAUUCAAGGCGUCGAAGGACACUGACGGGUGUUUCGAUGAGGCCCUUAGGCUGGCGGGCAACUGGGGGUUCUGGCAGAAGAAGGUGUUCGUCAUUGCUCACAUGUCUCAGGUGUUCUGCGCCAUCCACGCCGUGUCUGCAGCCUUCCUGAGUUUCACCCCGGAGCACUGGUGUCGCGUGCCCGGCCUGAAUGUGGGCGGCGAGGAUGAGAGAGGAGACCAAGCCAAGGAGGAUGACGAGUGGAGGAAUUAUUCUAUCCCUUGGGACGACACUGAUGGAUUCGCGCGGUGUCACUACUACGACGUCAACUACACCUCACUGCUGGGUGGGGGCGUGGAGGAGCCGGCAUCUAUGUGGUUACCGCCGCCCGCCCAACACCACCACUGCCGCCUGCGACUCGUGGGUGUUCGACCAGUCCGUGUUCCAGUCGACCCUCGUGUCUGAGUUCUCGUUGGUGUGUGACCGCCGCUGGAUGAUGGCCACCGUGCAGGCGUCCUACAUGAGCGGUCUCCUCGUCGGCUCCCUCGUCAUGGGCCAACUCUCAGACAGGUUCGGGCGCAGGACCAUGUGUGUGGUGUGCGCCGCGGCGGUGGCGGUGGUGGGCAUCAGCGCGGCGUUCGUCGAGACUUACGUUCAAUUCCUAGCGCUGCGUUUCAUCAUUGCCCUGCUCUGCGCUGGCCUCAUGGUGAUCAGCUUCGUCCUGGUAAUGGAGGUGGUGAAGCCCGAAGCUCGCACCAUGACGGGGAUGGCCUACGCUGGUUUCUUCGGCAUGGGCAUCACCCUCUUGCCGGGCCUGGCUUACCUCAUCCGCAGCUGGAGGAAACUUGAAUUUACCAUCGGAAUACUGUCAACCCUGCUCAUAUCCUACUACUGGCUGUUGCCGGAAUCACCUCGCUGGUUAGCCUCCCAAAGACGCCACCAAGAGGCUCUCAAGAUCCUGAAGGAGAUAGCAAGGACUAACGGAAGGACGCUGCCCCCUGAUGCGGAGGUCCUUAAGCUUAUAUCAAGAGUCCACGAUACGCAGAAGGCGGAGGAGGCGAACGCGGGAAGCAGCGGCCAGGAAGGAUCUCGUCUGUCCAGAGUCCUAAGGGUGAUCACUUCCACCGUAAAUGAUCAGGUGACGCUGGUUCGCACGCCCGUGAUGCGCCGCCGCUGUCUCAUCUCCUUCUUCCUAUGGUUCGUGGCAGCCAGCGUGUACUAUGGCCUCAUCUUCUCCGGCGCCAACAUCAAGGCCGAUCCCUUCCUUAUGAUCUUCUCCUCCGGCGUGGUCGAGUUGCCUUCCGCCAUCCUCUUCGUCUUCCCUCUUGAUAAAUACGGCCGGCGCCCCACCAUGACGGGGCUCUUCGUGGCGUGCGGGACGUGCCUGCUGGUGAUCCUGGCCGUACCCAGAGAUCUGAUUUACGUCAACUUCUUCCUAGUAAACCUGGGUAAGUUCUUCACGACGGCGGUGUUUCAGCUGCAGUACCUGUUCAUGGUGGAGCUGAUGCCCACCAAGGUGAGGAACGUUGCCGUGGGCACGUGCUCCAUGAUCGCCCGCAUCGGCUGCGUCAUCACCCCCUACGUCGUCACACUGCUGGGCGACGUUCACUACGCACUCCCCUCCACCCUGUUUGGCAUCCUCUCAGUGACUGCCGGUCUCCUCACCCUGCUGCUUCCAGAGACCAACCACACCCUCCUGCCAGCGACCGUGGAGGAGGUAGAAGACAAACCCAAGUAGAGGUGAACACUAAAGAAAACGAAGGUUGCGAAGGUACAAAGCGUGUGUAGGAUAAAGACAGAGAAAACGUGAUGGAUUAGGAAAACGUGACGGAAGAAAGUGGAAGGGGAUGAGGUGUUUUUUGAGAGGUAUGUCAAGUAGAUUGGUUUAGACUAAAGGUGUUGUAGUAGUCUGUGCACCGUUCCUGUUGUAGGGAAAGGUGCUGUAGAAAGUGUAGCCGUCUUGGAAUGUUUUUAGCCGAGAUGUGGAAGUUGAAAGUGUUGGCUUGAGUCACCGUGCCAGGGAGGAUGUAUUGGUGGUGCAUGCAGAGGGUUGUGUGGAGAUUAAUGCUUGCAUGAGUUAAUGAUAAGGAAGAGGUGACUGAAUAGGUAGGUUCUGUAAACAUGCUUUGUAGUACACAUGGCUGAGUUUUCACAGAUGGCCAGUGCUUCAGAGGGAUAAAGUUGCUUGAAAUCCGGAUGAAAAAGCACAGUGUAAGAAAGGAAAAUAGACCAACCCCCUUAGUGUUAGAAGAGAUCCAUGUACCAUAUAUAAGUCUGUCAGUAAGCAUGAUGGCAAUGUUGCUUUUCUGUAUCCAUGUGUAAAUUAUGAAACUCUUCUGCUUAGUUUUAAAGGAAGAUUACAUAAAAGAAAUGUGUGAAAUGAUAAAUACAGCUUAUAAGUAAAAAGUGUAAUUGGUAUUGCUCCUUGCGUUGCAUGUGAAACUUCAGCAAAUAAAAGACAGCUGAAAUAUUGUC